AUGUCCAACGACAAUCGAGGUCCAGAGUUAUUGGCACUGAUAUGGUCCUUCACGGCCAUCUCUAUCGCUACUGUGAUUUUGAAAUUAUUCACUCGCCGGAGGUUUCUCCAAGGGCUGGGCUGGGAUGAUUUCUUCAUCUUUAUUUCGCUCAUACUUGUGGUCACCUGCACCGCCAUCUUCACUUACGAUGUCCGCUUGGGUAUGGGCAGACAUUCUGCCGAAUUGGGCAUGCAAAGAACAGGAGAGGUGGUGAGAAUCAAUUUGAUUGCCAAUCCGUUCGGCAUAAUGGCCUACAGCCUUCCGAAUAUAUCAGUUGCGAUCCUACUGGAACGCCUUCUGGCACCCAACAAAUUGCGAACUCGUCUUUUGUAUCUACUUGCGAGUGCCCAAGUCGUCAUCGCUGGUAUUUCCUGCAUCCUCUUGUUCGUCCAGUGUAUCCCAACGGAACAUUUAUGGAAUCCUAUGGUUCCAGCCAAAUGCUUUCCGGUCGGAACGGUCUCUAGAUACUCAUACUUUGUCGGUUCUUUCACGGCCUUUACUGACGCCGUCCUGGGGAUUGUACCCAUCGCCGCAUUCUGGAGGCUGAAGCUUCCUACAAGAUCGAAAGUCGGCCUCUGCGUUCUCAUGGGCUGCACACUUUUUGCAGCUGUCUGCUCCAUCAUCAAGACUACCAAGCUGUCCACGCUGAGUGAUUACUCCGACUUCACCUACAACUCGACUAGCCUCAUCAUCUGGGCAGUGGUCGAGGCCAAUGUGAUCAUUAUAGCCGCUUGCUUGCCGACCCUCCGGCCAUUUUUCCACAAUGCGUUCAACAAGGAGAAAGACACUACCAAGGAAGGCAGUGGAUUCAUUCGUUCCAUCUUCCAUGGCUCUGCUGGUGGCGCAGGGUCUAGAAGAUCGGCCGCAACACCACAGCGCGCUUCUCUACCCCCAGCUCCUGUACAGCCGGCCGCACAAGCAGUCCCAGCAACUACCCAACCCACACGACAAGGUUCGGUUGAUUCGCAGCUCGAGAUCUGGAGGACAACCGAUAUCCAGCAGGACAACACACCUGCACAUCAUGAGACACAUGGCGAUGCAGUUUGA